AUGUAAAAAAUCAUAUUAAUCUCCUUAUUGGCUGUUGUUUCAUUCGGAGCAUUAAAGGCUGAAUUUUGGUGUGAUUGUGAAGAUUUCACAAGUCAAAAUGAAUGCAACAAUGUAGUUGAUUGUAAAUGGGGAAGUGCUUGUGCAAAAAAAGCCUGCUCGGAAAUAGAUCUCACAGUUUGUGAAACUCUUGAUGGAUGUUCAAAAAAUAAAGAUGGAAAGUGUGAAGAAACAAAAGAUUGCUCAACUUAUGAAGCUACAAAACCAAUUUUGUGUAUGGUUCAAAAAGGAAAUUGCGGAGCCUCUUUAAUUUAAAAUGCAAAUGGAAGCUAUACAUGUGAUAAAUAUACUCCUGUUUAAGAUUGUGGACUUUUGACACAAACAGAUUGCAAAUAUAGUUUUAUAGAUGACGAUAAUUUAUGCUGGAUAAAUGCUGCUACAAACAAGUGUGAUAAAUUUAACAUGAACACUUGCGUAGGCCUUCCAAUGGAAAUUUGUGCAGAUUUUGGUUGUGAUUCAAGUGGAACAGAAUGCAAAGGUUGGACAUGUGGUUCUCUGAUAGAAACCAAAUGCACAGUUGCUGACGAUGGAAUAUUUGGUGCUUAAACUUUAUGCUAAUGGAGUACCGGCUAAUGUAUAGACAGAGAAAAUCUUACAGGUGUUACAUAAGACACUUGUUCAAAGAUCACAGAUGGAGGAUAUUAUUGGAGUGAUGAUGCUUGUGUUGCUUGUGAAGAUGAAUCUGAAGAUUCAAGUAGUCCUUCCUUAUUGGUUUCUUUGGCAGCCUUAUUAGUUAUCAUCCAAUGAUUUGAUAAGCAU